CUGGUUUGUUCGCCUCUGGAAGCUGUGGCGACCAGCAGAGGAACUUUCAGGACUCUCCUAUAUCUCCAGCCUGCAGCUACCCAGGAGAAAAAAGAUGCAGUGAAAUGGUGAAUUCUCCAGAUUUCUAAUAUUAACCGGCAUUGACUGUCGCUUCAGGGUGGAGUUAAAGCCAUGGUUCAAUUUGCAGGAUGAUGCGGGAUUAAUGUGAGUCAGCCAGCCUGCACUGCCAUUCCCUGCUCCGGGAGAUGUGGGCCUGGUCUCUCCAGGUGUUAUGACAUUGCCUUGUUGAGAAGCUGCUGCAGAUUGUGGCUGGGUCCUGGGCCAUACUCUCUCUGUGUUUUACUGAAGGCAGCAGCAGCAUGAGCUGUCAAGCAAGACAGGAAUUGUGUAGCGACUGUUGAAAUACUUUCUGGCUGAGAAAAUGCUGCGUGGUUUCGCUGUGGUGCGGGAUUGAAGUUAAUGUUUCCAGAAAGCUCUUCGAUGUGGAAACUGUUGGGAGUUACAGCUCGCCUUUAGUUUGGGAGAGAGUUACCGACAGCGAGUGAAUCCCGUUCAGCGUCAACUCCAGCGGCUCAGGGAUCGGGGACUGGGAUCAAGGGGGCGGCUCCGGGAGCGUUGCGACCGUUCGGCCAGUCUGAUGGAUGACCCCUCGGAGUCAGAGGCGGCUAUACAAAGGAAGAGAAAGUCCAAGCCGGGCUCUCUGCGGCGGGCUCUGAGCUGGCUCCGGCUGUCCGGGAGGAAGAAAAAGAAAUCCAAGAGUGAGGGAGAUAAAGCCGGAGCGAAGCUGAGAAGAGAUUCCCAAAGUUCAGUUGCCUCAGAAGUGGAUGAUGAGAGUAAAUGGGCCGUGCAUUACAAACCAGCACAGUACGAACAUCAACAGGAAAAUGUCUUCAUCCCAUCCACCCGACCACCACACAUAGAGGAUCUGCACAAAGAAGCUGAACUUGGCCUCAAAUCUCUCCAGGAACAAGGAAAUCUAGCUGGAUGUUCCCAGCAGCAGAUUGGAAAUGGCUGUGGUUAUGCAGAAGACACCAGUCAGCAUGAUGGUGAUGAUGUGUCCCAUGGUGAGAAGUCUGGAUCAUGUGCACCCAAUGACGAGGUUUGGGCCAAAACCAGGUCACUUCCACCACCAACCCCUGAUGAGAUCCGAAAGGAUUCGCUGUCGCCUCGGUCAGGAGUCAUCCCAACUGGAACAACAUUUAAACCUCCACAGAAGCUUCAGUCAUCUUUUAAAGGCCCCAAGCUGAAAGAGAAGAGAAUUCGAAGAACCACAAUCAUGGGACUCCCACAGCAUGUUCAACAGGAACUAGGGUUUGGAAAGGGAUCCCAUGUCUCCAUCCGUGCUGUGAAGGUGCCUGGUGAUGACAGUGCUGGCAUUGUCUCAGAAUCCAGGGGAGAGGGAAAUCAUUGCUUCAAUAUAGUCCCACACUCGAGAGCAAGGGGCUCUUUGCGGUCUGUAACCUUUACAGAUUCAUCACAGGGAGCUACUGAAUCAAUAAGCACUUUAGAAAUUCAUGACCAACAGAACUGGGGACUGAUAGAUUUUUCCCAAAGACCAAAGUCAUUAGCCGUUCCAAAAUCAACCCCAUCAAGUGAACUUCAAAACCCAGUUAUGUCCAUGUCACCUCAGGCAACGUACUUAUCCAAGAUAAUUCCCAAUGCAAUACUGCCUUCUGCGGUGGAUGUUGUGAUGAUCAACACCAGUCAGAAUUGCCUGCGCACUGUCAGCAGGGACAGCUUAAUAUUCGCCCCAUCUCCUGCCUGUUCCCGAUCCAUCUCCCUGCAGAAUUAUGAUGGCAGGGAUUAUGCUUCGAGUGAUGCGUGGAGCCAAUCUCAAUCUUCAGAAACCAUAGUGUCAAACAAUUCCACUAUCUCGUCACAGGGAAAUGUCCGGAAUCAUUCUGCGGAAAAGGUCAGAGAGAAAUCGAGCGAUGAACACAAUCUAACUAAUUCUGUUCCAGAUUUCCGUGCAGAUACCAGUAGGUGGGUUAAUGCAUGUUCUGCACAGAAUGUUUCCGAAACCACUGAGGAUGCCCCUGCACACAAUACCUCGAACUAUCAAACUGAUGAACUGAAAAGUAAUGGUUUUGACAACCAACCACUAUCUCCUGCAGAAAGCACCAGUAGUAUUGUUGAUGCUUCGGACACACAGAGUGUAACAAGUGAGCGAUCGAUCUCAAGAAGCCUGUCUGUUAGGAAAAUGAAAAAGGCACCAGUUCCUCCGAGAAGAAUCCAUUCCUUACAGCAGAAGGAGGAGGAGCUGAACUCCAAACUUAAAGGUGAAAGUUGUGCGUCACCUGAGGAAGAUGAUGUGUUUUCACCAGCACUCAGUGAAAUCAAUCGCAUCAAACCUGAACACUGUGUGGAUUCUCCCUUCGCUGCUGCUAACACUCCAGCUCAUCAUACCUCAGUGACAGCUGAAAGCCAGAUAGAAGAAAUGUCAAAAGGAAAGAGUAGCAUUCCUCCGGGAAGUAUAAACUCGCCCAACAAAUCUGAGCGAACCAUGUCACCAUCGAGUGGAUACUCCAGUCAGAGCGGGACUCCCACUAUGGGCAAGGAUUCCACAUCUCCCUCCCUUCCUGCAGGAAUAUCCAAACCUGAGAGAUCCAAUUCUCUGCUUUCUCCAGAAGAGUCACUCUCCUCCUCUUCAGCAUCGAUACCAUCCUCCAUUUCUGAACGGGUUGACCUCUUUUCAAUCCCUCCUCCACCAUCGUCACCUGCUCCACCCCCACCCACUGUAAAAAUUGCAAAAUUGGCACCAUCUCUGUUAUACUCCUGGGGACCUGCAUCGAUCCCUCCACCUCCAGCAGGACCAGCACCAUCACCUCCCACACGGAAACCUUCCUUCCUCUUCCCUGCAGCUGCCCGUGCUCCACCUCUUACCAAGACAACAUCCAAUCAGGCUCCGCUGGUCACCACGACAACAUCCAAUCAGGCUCCGCCGGUCACCACGACAACAUCCAAUCAGGCUCCACACGUCACCGUGGUAACAUCUAAUCAGGCUUCACCUGGCACCGUGGCAGCAUCCACUCAGGCUCCGCCGGUCACCACGGCAACACCUAAUCAGGCUUCACCGGUCACCACGCCAAUGUCCACUCAGGCUUCACCGGUCACCACGGCAAUAUCCACUCAGGCUUCACCAGUCACCACGGCAAUGUCUACUCAGGCUUCACCGGUCACCACGGCAGUGUCCAAUCAGGCUGUGCUGAUCACUGCAACCAUGCCCUCAUUGAUUACGACAUCGGUAUCCAAUCAAGCCCCACCGGUCACUGUGGCCACAGCUGCUCAGGCCCCUCCAGUCACUGGGAUGUUUCCUGUGGCUGUCCUUCCUUCAGCCUCUGAAGCUGUGCAUGCUUCAUCUAACCCUGUGGACACAUCCAUCUCAUCAGCACCUCCUACUGGACAACAGAAAAUCAUUCCAGUCGCAACAGAGCGCCUUUCACCCCCACCGUCACCCCCGCCAUCCCAUCACCCUCCACCACCACCAAAGAAAGGAACAACAACUGGGACAUCCUCACCCCCAUCUUCCUCCUCUAUUUUAGAGCCCAAAAGGCUGUCAGGAUUUGAUUGGCCUCCUCCUCCUCCUCCUUUGACCCUGUCUGCCUUUCCACCCUCAACCGAGCCAUUGUCAACGCCUGAGAAUGCUAAUGUUACCCAUCAGGAUGGGCAGGAGGCUGACUUCCUGUUUCCACCCCCCCCGCCUCCUUCCCUCCUGACAAUCUCCGUGCAAGAGAAGAGAAUUUCUGCGCAAGAUUUACAGUCAGUGUCUCCAACCCCUCCCCCUCCAAUACCCCUUGACAAAUCUUUGGAGAACACGAUCCCGGGGCCUGCAACUUUAGAACCUUCAUCGCAACCUCCUCCACCUCCACCUCCACUUCCUACAGAAACCAACCAGACAUCUGGGCCAAAGCCCUCUGCUUCACCUGCAGCCGUAUCAAUGUCAAACCAGCUUCAGCAGAAGCCCCUUGUUCUCCCAGGAACCCCGCCUGCAGAUUCUCACUUUUCAAAAGUAAUAACUCCGAAACCAAAGAUGUCCAGUCAGGAUACUGAAAAUAAAUUGAAUGUUCAGUCUUCACCUAAUCAAAAUGGCAGCGAUCAAGGUGGGAAACCAGUUGUCACACCAUCUCUCUUACAGAUGGUACGGUUACGCUCUGUGCAGAUGAACACGUACAUGCCUGGAGGGCUGGACAGUCAGCAUCCAGUAACCAAAAUCCAACCUGAUUUGAAACCACCUGCCAAAACUAACGUGACUGCACCAAGCAAGCCUGCUCGCAGGUCUCUAACACACCGCUUAUCAUCCUCGUCCGAUUCGGAAUCUUCAAUCAAACCUAACAGUUCUCACUCUGGAAAGAAACCGACAGCUGGUGAAGUUCACGGACAGAGUACAUUUAAACCCCCUGAUGAUGGGGCUCCGCAGAAAUCACCUGCCUCAACGGCGAGCUUCAUUCUUUCUAAAAAUGUAAGUCCCAAGAAGCUGAUCUUUGAAAGUCCUCGCUCCCCAGAGGCAGAAGCUGAAGUGAAGAGGAACUUUGUGGCUGAGCUCAACUCUGUCUCUGAACGAAUAGCCUCAAAGAGCGAAUCCAAAGGUUCGACAGAUGCACAGAGUAAAGCAUUCUCAGAAACCAUUUCUGCACCAAAAAAACCCAGCAGAAUUCCCCCACCUGUUGCCAAAAAGCCUUUGUUUUUACCAAAUGCGCACAGACCCCACAUCGCAUCAUCUAAUGCAACAGAAACUCCACCAGCGCAGGAAAUGUCUGGUGCCCAUGAAACUACAAGUGACACCAAGGACGAGAAAGGGAAGCUGGAAGCUGGAAAUGGACAGCUGGCCCUACAAGAGUAACUGAAGAAUUUGGGCGUCAAACCUCAGAGUUCACUGCGCUCAAAGUCAAUCUCCCUGCCUUGGAAGACAGAAACAAUCCAAAAUGAGCAAUUCUUCAGAAAAGCUUUUCUGCUGAAACGUAAUGGCCUUGUUUAUGCAAAACUAAGAAAACAUUUGCCUGGAGUGCUGCACCUUUUACUUUAUACUGUAACUGAAUUCCAUGAAAGCAGAAGACAGAAAAGUGUCGCUGUGCUAAUUACAGUCAGAGAUCAGAGGGAUCUCAGACGAGCGAGGAUAAUUUUUGUCAGUCAUUCUGGAUUGUGCAAUUGUAACACCACCACCUGGCACUCAAUGCUGUGGUUUCUAUGGCAACAAGAUGCAUGUUAAGGGAGGUGGUUUAAGACUUUUUAAAUUUGUCAAUGAGGAUAUAAUGUUUCCCUGUCUAAAUAACUACAUUUUAAAAAGAAUCAGUAGGAAGCACACUUAUCUUAUAAAAUGAGGGGAUUUGGGGUUACUUUAUCUGUGAAUCAAAACCAGCAAUUACUUAGAAAUUUAUUCUUUUUUGUUAACUUAUAAGGCAGAAUGACUAUUAAUAACUUGAAGCCAAAAAAAGUCCUCUAUCAAAAAUCAGAGACUGUCUUUCCAGUGAUCUCCCUAAAGAAGUCACUUGCUGUGGUUCAGCUUGUGGUUUUGAAAUUGUAAAUAAAUUAUAAUACCACUAUCCUGCUAAUGACAGCAGCUACAUACAGGCCAUAAUGUGACUUUCACAAGUUGCCUAUCCUUUUGAUAUUUUGUCCCCGCCCUCAUUCUUUUGUUAUUAUGAAGGUGAUGUUAGAUUUCUAACCUGAGUCUCUUCAGUGUGCAAAGACAGGGGUUGAUUUUGGGCACUGAUUUCCUUUUAUCUUAGAAUGUGGCAUUAUCUGGAACCAAUGGUAGAAAGCUGCAACUUCCUGGUUACAAAAUGCCUCAUUCUCCAGCUCCCAACCUAACCUGAGUCCAGUCUUAUUGGAGCACUGCAAUACUGUCAGUUCAUUGGGUAAUGAUGCUAUAUUCUCUGAAGCCAACUGAGGUCUGGUUCAAGGACAGUCACUGAAUUGAAGGUUCUUUGUAACUGUCACUGGAUUAUAACACCUCAUGCGUUCUGUAUUUGAGAAACAAUAGAAAGGCUAAGAUGAAGAUUUGGACCCAAGGCUAGAUUGCUGGUAGCUGAGAAAAGAGCUUUGAUAUAUAUUUAUAAAGUGCAAGUUCUUUUUUUUUGAAAAACCUUGAAUUGUCUGAUUCUUGAGAGUUAAUUAGUAAAUCCAAAUCAAUCAAUAUCAGGGGCUCUAAAUUCUUGAAAUUGGUACACUUAUCACAAGUAAAUGAAUAUGAUGAAUAAAAGAAGCUAAUUUCUCCAGUCUCUAGUGAAGAGACUGUCAUUCCACUUUCACUGAUUUUUUUGUACAACAUUCUAUUUUCACUGGAUGUAGGGUUUAUUUAAGUUUUGUUGAAAUAAAUGUUGGCACUAAUUUUAUUUCUGUAGUCUCAUGAGAGCACUGAAUUACCUUCAAUCUAUUCAAAUACAAAUGGACAAUGUGGUAUUUUUUUCAGUCAUUCCGAAGCUUUCUGUAAACUCUGCAGUUAAUGUGUCUUCUGUGUAAUCAAUUUUUCUUAAAUCUUGUUUCUAGCAAGUGAAUACAUAAUGAUACAAUAUCAUCAACAGUCGUCUUCCUGUGGAGUGAAAUGUUUAAUUCUGUUCACCCUCAUUUAAGUGAAGCAGCUAGUAUUUGAGGACGCUCCUGUUAUAACAUCUGCACUGGCUUUGUGAGCUCUGUUUCAAUAUAGGAGGGUUCUUCCUCAGAGCCAAGGGGAGAAGGGAAAACAUUAAUCAAAGAUGUUGCUUUACACUUCCCUGUUUUCCCUUUACAAACAUGCAUUGGCCAGCUUUGGAACAGAAGCUUUGUAUUCAGUCUUUAAAUGAGCUGUCUGGAAACUUUGCACAUUUCAAAUAUUGCACUCCUCUCUUGAUUGCAGUUUCCCUCCUCCACUUGUUUGUUGGAGAAACCCACCUAUAUACCAUUAUCUACAAGUGUAAAACAGGCAACUAAGGACUUGGUCAUGACUUGUCUUUCAUGAAUCUUUGAGUUUAAUUUUGAGGAUGGUCACUUGCUGGAUUUUCAUGAUGACCAUCCCCUCUAAAAGCAGAGGCUUGUGGUGCUGCCUGAGAGCUGCAUGAUUAAAAUGAUUUGUUUUCUAGAUGUUGGUAGUUCGAUUGGUAAGUGAACAGCUUAUAUUAUACACUGAAAAAUUAAUAACAAUAAUCUUUUAUUAUUAUUAAUAAUUAAACCAGAAUUUCAAUGGGCAUUUAUAACAACUACCCUGUUGGAUUUCAGAAAAAUAAAUUGCACCAGCCCUCCUUUAACAAUAAUGGCACCAUUCUGUUGAUUAUCCCACAUCCAAAUCCUUUCAUUUGGCAUUCAUAUCCUUAUCUUAGAUUAAUGUGCAGCUACUUAACGGGCAGCACGGUGGCACAGUGGUUAGCACUGCUUCCUCACAGCGCCUGAGACCCGGGUUCAAUUCCCGACUCAGGCGACUGACUGUGUGGAGUUUGCACGUUCUCCCCGUGUCUGCGUGGGUUUCUUCCGGGUGCUCCGGUUUCCUCCCACAGUCCAAAGAUGCGUGGGUCAGGUGAAUUGGCCAUGCUAAAUUGCCCGUAGUGUUAGGUAAGGGGUAAAUGUAGGGGUAUGGGUGGGUCAGUGUGGACUUGUUGGGCCAAAGGGCCUGUUUCCACACAGUAAGUAAUCUAAUCUACUUUGUCACCCCAGUGGGACAUAUAACUGUGUGCUUCUCAGUUCCAGAGAACUGUUUGGAAACAAAGUAUUCAUCAUUAUUUAAACAUUAACACUCAAUGGACCAGAAUCCACUCACUGCCAAAUUUCACCUGGAAAUAUAAUUGUUUUUCUGUACAAGUUGUUAAUAGUUGUCAUAUUCAGCAAUUGAUCAUUUUAAAUGGAUAUGGCCACAGGGAAAAUUCUGAACUUGGCAGGUUUCAGUUCUAUUAAAUGAUGGCUAUGUCUGUGAAAUUAUUUGAUCAUUGAGGAUGAUUGUUCUUGCAGAGAAAUGCUAAGGGUAUUUUAGAAUUAGCCCAACUUUUUAUCUUUGAGCUAGACAUAAUCAAAGGCCAAUAAUAAAAAUCAGGUUCUUUAAUAGGCCUCUCACUUGCUGGAAGCAUCAGUUAUUUGAAAAUAAAUCUUUAAAAAGCACACUUGGAAACAAGUAUAUUCUAAAGAGACAAUAUUUGGCUUGCACAAAUUAAUUUAAAAUUGUGAUCAUGUUCUUCAAUAUAAAUGUACAUUUUAUAAAACAGAUGGAGUGGGGUCAAAUAGCUGAAGCCAAAUUAUUUGUAUGUUUAUUCCCAAGCUGUUUACAGGCCAAAUGGUCAUUUGAAGUUCUGGGGAAGAGGAUGGGGGUGGCAAUGACAGCAUCUACUUUUUGUCCAUAUUACUAUGCUCUCUAUUUGCUGUUUAAUUCCGCAAUUUCUCAGGGUGCACUUAGAUGUUCAAACUCACUUCCACAAUCCUAAAUCUAUGCUGCAUUAAAUCUCUUCAAAGAUAUUGCAUCGCUUUCCAGAAUUGUUAAUUCAUUGUGAACCAUUUGUUUCCUGCACAAGCAUCCAAUCCCUUUUCACUGGAUAUCUUCCUCGGACCUUGCCACAUGCUUCAUAUGAUACAGGAUUCACUGUGGCUGUGGAAGUUCUACUGAGUUCUGAAAAGUUCCAAAGUUCCCAGCACCCUAAGUGCCAGUAUAUGAUGACACUGCUUCACAAUGAACAAACAGUCAGUAUUCAUCAGGUUUCUAAAUUUUGAAUCUUUGUACUAGUGGGGCUUCCCAAUUUUCUGCUGUAACCUGGCACAUAGGAAGGGUUCCAUGGGUGUAUAUAACAAUGUAAAUGUUAAAAGUUGUUUGUUCUUUGUUUUACUUUCUGCACUGGCCAGGAAUUGCAAUUGUAGUUUUAAUCUUAAAUUCAAUUUCUCAGAAAAAAAAGGGAUGAGUGAGCUGAUAGAUGAAUUAAAAACCAAAUUGUAAAGCCUCAUAGGUGGCUUUAAGCAGCAGGGUGAGCUGUGUCCCACCAGCCAAAGACCUAGUAAAGGAAACCCUGAGGUUGUGACAUUCAUGAAGCCAAACCAAAAGAAUUGUAUCUUUUAAACAGGAGGUUGUCAUGAAUACCAUAAUUGGAAUGUUCAGGACCCUUUGAACUGUAAGUCUCAAGCUCCUAUUGAUUGGACCACUUCAAAGUAUCUUGAUUAUUUGUUGCAUAACUGAUCAGGAAUAAGCUGAAUGUUUGUUCUUUUUGUCGAUAACCAUGUUAUCAUAAUGAUUUGAUUCAAACAGAGACCCUGUGGCCCAGCUCCUUCAUUCCUUCUUCUGACAUGUGUAUCUGUACUGCCAAUUUUCUGAAUCCUCACUGCAGUGUGAAUGCAAAGGAAUGAGAAUUUACUGCACAAUGUAUGUUUGACAUUACAUUUAUAUUGCAGCGUAGUUGGUCAUUAACAUGGGCUAUGGCCUUAAUUAAUAUGAAUUUAAUCACUUAAGGGUAUAAACUAUGAUUUUCAAAGUUUUUAGGAAAAUAUUACUAGUGCAAUGAUAUAUAUAUAUAUAUAUAUAUUUCUUUACUGUUAAUAAAUUAGCAAAUGAAUUUCCAA